GCAAGAAAAUUUUACAAUAAGGGCAUCAUGGAUGGUGGCUGCUCCGCGUCCUCGCCCUCUGAAUUGGCCAAUGCUUCGGCUACCUCCGGUGGAGGCGGCGGCGAUGGCGGCGCUUCCAAGUUCCUUGCCAACCUCCCCUCUCGCGGCAACUUCUCCUCGACCGUUCUCUCCUCUUGCUUGGGAGGCGCUCGUGUUUACAUUUGUCAUCGUGAUACAUCACCUCCAGAUAACCAGGUUAUAAGAACAAACCAGACGAAUAUACUUAUCAGAUCUCUUAUGCUUAUGAAACAAAAGGGUGAUUCGGGUUCAAGAGAUGGGAAAGGAGCUGGUUCAAGCCAGGGCUCAAGGAAAAGGGCUGCUGAGAAAUCUUUGGAUGGUAAAGCUGCUGGAAAAAAAGCAAUGUCUAGCACUCAGCAUGGUUCUUCUCAAGAACUGCAGAGCUUGACAGUAGAUAAACUUCGUGCUCUACUUAGAGAUAAAGGCCUUUCA